GCGUUUUUGGGAUUCUGGUUCUCCCGGCAACUUUUCUCUCUUUUCCGUCCUGCUCUAGUUUCAGGUUGGCUGGCAUUCAGCAUUCCGACAGUUCCGACCGUUGAAAGUCAGUCAAGGAGUCUAGCCACCAGCUCACCUUCAUUUCGCAUAACUAACUGUAUCGAAGUACAAAAGGUCAUCACCACAGCGGAAAAUGGACAUGUUGGGGGACGGGGUUGACGUUGCCGAUAAAGCCCCCGACGUGGACGUGGAUGUAAAAAAGGACACCAUCGAAGUUGAUUCAGUGGUCAAAGCAGUGGAUAAUCUUGCCCUUUCCGAUGAUGAGAGUGGUGACGAGAAUGCGGAAAAAGAAGGCGCAUACCUGGAAAUGUGUCCUGAAGUACAAAAACGAGUUCAAGCCCUGAGAAAGAACCAAAAGGAUAUUCUUCAAGUUGAAAGCAAUUUCUACAAGGAAAUUCACCAACUCGAACUCAAAUUUGAGAAAUUAUAUCAUGAAAAGUUUGAUUUUCGCAAGUCAAUUAUUACUGGCAGUCAUGAGCCUACGAAUGACGAAUGUGAUUUCCCUUUGGGUAGAAAUGUUGAUGAACCACUGUCAGCGGUUCAAGAUACUCAAGGAAAAGAGAAGAAAGAAGGAUUUAUCACUGGGAUUCCAACAUUUUGGGCAACUAUUUUGCAAACUGUGCAACCAAUUUGCACGCUAGUUGAGGAACAGGACAUUCCUGUCCUGGCCCAUUUGAUGGAUAUUCGAUGUGAAAAUACUUCAGAGCCAUUGGGGUUCAAACUCUUCUUCGGCUUCUCUCCUAACGAAUUUUUCGAAAAUGACGUCCUUGUCAAAACAUACGUCCUGAAGAAUGAUCCAGAUCCUGAGAGUCCCUUGACCUACGAUGGUCCUGAAAUUAUCAGCUGCGAGGGUUGUACCAUUCGUUGGAAGGAAGGAAAAGAUACUACUAUCAGUGUUGUGGAAAAAAAGCAGAAGCAUAAGAAAACUGGGACCAUUAGGACUAUUACCAAGACUUUGAAACGAGACUCGUUUUUUCGUUUCUUUAGUCCUCCGGGUUUACCACUAAUACAUAGUCAUCCUAUUCUUAACGUGGUGAUGAUGAUACGAUACCUUUUUCUAGAUCCGGCUGAUCAAACAAAAGAGGGAACUAAUGAAGAUGAGGAAGAUGAUAUCAUUGAUACUCUAAACUUGGAUUUCGAAAUCGGGCAAGCGCUUCGAGAACGAAUUAUUCCUCGAGCGGUGCUUUUCUUCACUGGGGAGGCUCUGGAAGAUGAUGAUGAUGAAAAUGAUACGGAUUAUGCAACUGAUUCUGAAGAUGAUGAAGGAGAAGCUGCUGAAUCUGUGGAUGAUGAUGUGGAUGAGCAAGGUGAUCAACGCACCUCACAUUGAUUUGGGAGCAAGUUUGCAAGCACUCCAUUUGGAUUAGAAUUCUAGUGUGCCUCAUCAUCAUUUAAAAUCUGUCUUUACAUAUUAAUACAAACUAACAAUCAAUGUGUUCUUUUAUAAAAACCUGAAAUAUUUAUCAUUUUUACAUACCAACCUGUCGUUACACUAACUGGCGAUUAACCGAUUAUAAAUAAAUCUCAUCGUUAAAAAAAUUA